AUGGUCCAGGUUUGUGACCGGUGCAGAGUAAAACGGGUCAAAUGUGACGGCCAACAACCGAAGUGUGGCAAGUGUGAACGCGCAGGCGUCGACUGCACCACGUCGGCCAAGCUGCGUCGCAAAACCACUCCUCGAGGUUAUGUUGAACCUACACGGGAAACUAUCCAGCAGCUCAGGGGUGAGUUGCAAAGGGCCCACGAUCAAGUACGCGAUGUAUCAGCGCAGGUGGAGGAAUUGCGGGCCACCGUCGCCCGCCAGAAUGAGGAACUAGAACAACUGAAGCAACUGAGUUCAAAUAUAAACAGGGUUCCAUCAUCUCACAAAGGCUCCUCCCAAGGCCCCGUGGUCGGUCACCUAGGACGGCUGGUCCUUGGGGACAGCAAUGCGGAAUUUUUUGCAGGUUCCACGACCGGCGUGCAUUUCAUACUAUCGGCCCAACAGCAAUACCAAAGACGCUUUCAAUGUCCUGACCAUUUCCCUGAAGGUAUCUUCCGUCUGCAUAUUUUGAAAGUGUGUCAUGGAAGGGUUCAAAUGAGUCCGAGCGAGCCUUACCUGCACUGGAUUGAGCCCCAGUUUUUGAAUCUUCCAAAAAUUGAAUACGAAUUCCUGUCUCAGCAAGAUCUUACCUCUUUUGAAGCUGUCUUUGACCGGUUCCAACACUGUUGGGGCAUGCUGUAUCCAGUCCUCCUGUCAAAGCAAUUUUUCGCGGCUCUAGACCAACUUUUCCGGGGUAUCCGGACGUCUUCUGACGUCUCCUUCUUACUUCAAGUCUAUGCAUUGCUUGCCCUCGAUGCGUUCAGUCAUCAUAGAACUCAUUCCGGCGUCUUGCAUCACACCUUGACACAGUCACAUUAUGACAGGAUGUUGAGCGACCUCUUUGGACGAAUGCCAAAUCGCGGUGACCUCACAACCCUCCAGGCACUCUUGCUCUAUCUGCUUUAUCUACAGUCCACAUCGCAGCACUCAUUGGGCCUGCGAAUCUGUGGGAUGACGGUCAGGCUCGCCCAGUCGCUUGGCCUUCAUCGUCAUUCAAGACGCUUUCGCCAUAUUCUGGGUGAAACAGAGCUGCGUAAGCGGCUAUGGUGGUGUGUGUAUAUACUUGAUGUGCAAUCAAGUGUAUUGUUCGGUCUACCACGGACUGUUCAGCACGCCGAUGUCGACGUCGAUCUACCUUUCAAUGCUGAUUUCGAUGAUCUGCACUGCGAGCAACUAUCCUAUCCUCUUCCCGGAGAGACGACCCGUGUGGAACCAUUCAUCCACUAUAUCCAACUCUCUCAACUAUUGUCUCGCUGCUUGCAGCAGAUGUACACAACGACGGACCGACGCGGUGCGGUCGGGAAGAUUCAGCAUCUGCAACGGGAGGUGGAUGUGUGGGGGCAGAAUGUUCAGUCUUCCCAGUCUGAUAUAGCUCUGAUGGUAGACAUAGGAAAGGAUAGCUCUGGAGAGACGUCCAGAUACAUCUCGCUAUGGCUUUCCUUGCUGGCGCAAUUCACUAGCAUCCUCAUUCAUCGCCCAGCCUUGACCUUUAGCCCGGAGGAGCCACAGUUUGGCAAAAGCCUGGAUGUCUGUGUGGAGUCAGCAUCACAGAUCAUCGCUUGCUUCGAAAAUGGAAGGGACCAUCACCUCUUGCCUCGAAUGUGGCCAGCUGGGUAUCAUCUUUUGUUUCAAAGUGCUCUAAUGUUGCUCUACAAUUGCUGGGUUAGAGGACCGCAGGAGGCUUCUACAUCACAGCCAUCAUCGCUGAAUCUCGCCACUUCAUCGGACUCAAUGAAACCGGUUCAAACCGCUAUAGAGCUUCUCAAGCCCAAGUCGACAACCGCCCACGAUAUAGCUUCAACACCGGGAGAUUUGAAUUCGGGAUUAUCACCAGAAGCGAUAAGCGAGCUAAGCCAGGCCUCUUCCUUUCUACAACACUUGUACAAUCAGUCUUUGUGGACUAACUCGAGAAGCAUUGGACAACCGCUGUCUUUGGCACAGUCACCUAGCCUGCCUAUAUCGCAUUCCAUUUUCACUAGCUCGCCGGCGCAAACACCUCGCUCAUUCGACUAUUCCAGUGUGCUCGACCCGAUGAGUAUAGCGGCCGCUACGUGGACCCCUUUUUCAAUUGAUGAGGUAAAUCAGAUGGAGCCAUUUGAAUUCACGGAUUCAUUCUUAGUACCAUGGGGGAAUUGA